CAUGUUGGCAACCCUAAAACACAAUUGUGUGGUGUCAUCUGUCAAAAGUCAAUUGUUAUGAAAAUUGGAUGAAACGAAAAUAAUUCAUUAUUUGUGCCAAAGUAAUUAAAUAGCAACGAUGUCGGAGAAGAGCAUCGCAAUCCGCACCCAAUUGUCCAACAUAAUCGCAUCCGGAGGCUCCCACAAAGAUCAAGCCGAAAAAUAUCGGGUGAUUCUUGAGAAUAUUCUUGCCGGUUCUGGCUCCGACCUCACCGAAGGCUUGCAAAUAUUUAUUGAAGCAAUUGUCAAUGAAAACGUUAGUUUGGUCAUCUCGCGACAAAUUCUGACCGAAAUAAGUUCGCACUUGAUGAAACUCCCCGACGAUGUCUCGAAAACCGUAUCACAUUUCAUGCUUGAGAAGGUCCAACCGCGUGUUAUUUCAUUUGAGGAGCAAGUAGCGAGCAUUCGCCAACAUUUGGCCGAUAUCUACGAACGCAAUAACAUGUGGCGCGAAGCGGCUGCCGUCCUCGUGGGAAUCCCGCUCGAAACCGGCCAAAAACAGUACACCGUUGAUUACAAACUUGAAACGUAUUUAAAAAUCGCACGGUUGUAUCUUGAAGACGACGAUCCAGUCCAAGCUGAAGCCUUCAUCAACAGGGCUUCUCUCCUCCAGGCCGAAUCUCGCAACGAGCAACUCCAAAUCUACUACAAAGUUUGCUAUGCUAGAGUUUUGGAUUAUCGCCGGAAGUUUAUUGAAGCGGCCCAGAGAUACAAUGAGUUGUCUUAUAGAACGAUUGUUCACGAAGAUGAACGCAUGACAGCCCUUCGUAAUGCUCUAGUUUGCACUGUUUUGGCUUCAGCGGGACAGCAAAGGUCGCGCAUGUUGGCCACACUGUUCAAAGAUGAAAGGUGUCAACAGUUGCCAGCAGUGGCAAUUUUGGAAAAAAUGUACCUUGAGAGGAUCAUCAGGAGGUCGGAGUUGAGGGAUUUUGAGGCCUUGUUGCAACCUCACCAAAAGGCUAGCACCAUCGAUGGGUCAACUAUUCUGGAUCGCGCUGUCAUCGAACACAAUCUCCUGUCUGCUAGUAAGCUCUACAAUAAUAUCAGUUUCGAGGAAUUAGGAGCAUUGCUCGAGAUCCACCCUUCCAAAGCGGAAAAAAUCGCAAGUCAGAUGAUAACUGAAGGCCGCAUGAACGGUUACAUCGACCAAAUCGAUUCAAUUGUCCAUUUUGAAACUCGUGAAACGUUGCCUCAGUGGGACAAACAAAUACAGUCUCUCUGCUACCAAGUUAAUUCGAUAAUUGAAUCAAUUUCAAAGAGUGAACCCGAAUGGAUUAGCAAGGUGAUGGAGGAACAGAUGGAUCUUAAGUGAAACGUGUUUUUUGUAAAUUAUGUUUUAUUAGUUUUACAAUACUUGUCAUAAUCAUAAAACAAUUGAAUUAAAAGCUUGCACAAGUAAAAAACA